AUACACUUCAACUGUCAUUCCACUUUGACCCAAAUAGAAAAACUAAAACCCAACUCUAUUGUAAACCCAAAUACACUUUCAUGGAAUUGGCUGAAGAUGUUGUCAUAGUUGGAGCUGGAAUUGCAGGACUUACUACUUCCUUGGGGCUUCAUCGUCUUGGAAUUAAAAGCUUAGUGCUGGAAUCCUCUGCUAAUUUGAGGGUCACUGGAUUUGCUUUCGCUACAUGGACCAAUGCUUGGAAGGCAUUAGAUGCUGUUGGUAUUGGCGAUUAUCUCCGGCGGCAACAUGUGCGGAUUGAUGGAGUAGUCGCUACCUCCACAAUCACAGGUCAGAUGGGUGCCCAAAUAUCCUUUAAGAGCAAGGGAAAGCAUGGAGACCAUGAGGCUCGUAUUGUGAAAAGGAAGUUGUUGCUGGAAGCCCUUGCCCAGGAGCUCCCGCAGGGUACUAUAAGGUUCUGCUCCAAAGUGGUUUCUAUUGACGAAUCAAACUAUUUCAAGCUGGUUUAUCUUGAUGAUGGUACCAUCAUCAAAGCAAAGGUAUUAAUUGGGUGUGAUGGGGUGAACUCAGUGGUAGCGAAAUGGCUAGGUUUUAAAACUCCAGUUUUUACAGAACGAUCAGCGAUAAGGGGAUGUGCAAAUUUUAACCUGGGCCAUGGCUACGAUCAUAAGUUGUUGCAGUUCUUUGGAAAUGGUAUCCGUUCAGGUUUUGCCCCUUGCGAUGAUAAAUCUAUAUAUUGGUUUUUCACUUGGAUUUGCAAUACUCCAGACAAAAAGCCAGAGGAGAACCCAGCCAACUUGAAGCAAUUUGUGCUAAACAAACUUGAAAAUGCAGCAGAUCAACAUUUAAGGACAGUAGUAGAAGCAACUGAGCUAGAUAAUAUUGUAUCUUCUCCUCUAAGAUAUAGACAUCCGUGGGAGUUGAUAUGGGGAAAUAUAAGCAAAGGCAAUGUUUGUGUGGCUGGAGAUGCUCUCCAUCCCAUGACACCAGAUAUUGGCCAAGGUGGCUGUGCUGCCUUGGAAGAUGGCAUAGUCUUAGCUAGGUGUCUGGCUCAGGCUUUGAAAAAACAAGUGAUUGUAGCAAAUGAAGAGAGAGAUAAGGAAGAAUUUAAGAGAAUUGAAAUUGGGUUGAAAAAUUAUGCAUCACAGAGGAGAUGGAGAAGCUUUCAACUCAUAACUACUGCUUAUUUGGUUGGGUUUAUACAACAAAGUGAUGGAAAAUUAUUGAACUUCUUAAGGGAUAGAAUUUUGGUAAAAUUUCUUGCUGGAGUUUUAUUGGAGAGAGCUGAUUUUGACUGUGGAAACCUCAACAAUAUUUCUUGAUAAGACUCUUUAAGUGAAGGAGAUUUAGAUUUUAUCAUAGCUUUGCAUAGACUCUAAUGUCAUUAAGUCAAAACUUACUAAUAGAGAAGAGUUCGAACUUGAAUGUUGUAUGAUUAAGGGUACAUUUACCAUUAAAUUAAGACUACAAAUGUAUUAUCAUUAUAUAGUGAAAUGCAUAUUUCUCUUUGAAAAUA